AUUAAAAUAAUUAAGUUCAAAUAAAGAUGAGUCAAGACGAACAUAUGCAAACAUCGAUAGGCAAACCAAGUCAUGCCUCUCUUGAUGGACAUCGUAAGGAUGGUGCUCAUGCAAUGGAAGGAAAUAUUGCUGACCCUGGAGUCGACAUGCAAGGAUCCAACAUGAUUGAACCAUCAAACAGUAUGUUGGGAUCCCACAUGGAUUACAACAAGAAGAGAGGAUAUCUCGAUGUUGAAAACGCAUUCAGAAAGCCCAUGUUCCCUGCUAACCCUCCCAGUGCUACCCCAAUCAUGGCUAAUGGAGGCCAGAUGAGCAGUAUGCUUUCGCAGACAGAACAUCAGAUGACCCAAGUAGUAUGGGGAACCAAUAUAAACACCUCUGAUGCCCAACAAAGGUUCAAGAGUUUCUUGACUAAUUUUACCGAUGAGUCAAAAAGAAAUGCUGUGGAUUCAGCUCCCUAUUACAUGAGCCAAAUGCAUCAGAUCUCAGAGACUCAGAUUUAUGUCUUGAAUAUGGACUGCAAUCAUCUCUAUGAAUUUGAUUCGAAUCUUUAUAAGCAGUUCAUUAAUUUCCCAAGUGAGAUGAUCCCUUAUUUCGAUGCUGUUGUCAACCAGAUGUAUAAAGAACUUUGCCCUGAAGAUGAGUCUGGAAUUGUGAUCCAAGUCAGACCAUUGAAUGUGAGACAUUCAAAGCUCUUGAGAAGUUUAGAGCCAGAAGAUAUUGACAAGCUCAUCUCAGUCAAGGGUAUUGUCAUUAGAGCUUCUGAUAUUAUCCCAGAAAUGAAGGAAGCUCAUUUCAAAUGUGGAGCAUGCAACCACAGACAGUGUGUGCAAGUCUACAGAGCUAAUAUAGAAGAUCCAACUGAGUGUCAAAACUGUAAAUCAAAACACUGCUUUGAGAUCAUUCACAAUAUGUGUAGUUUCGGAGAUAAGCAACGUAUUAAGCUCCAAGAAGUCCAGGAAAACAUUCCUGAUGGAGAUACUCCUCACCAUAUUCAGCUCUGCGUAUUUGAAGAACUAGUUGACAGCGUCAGACCAGGAGACAGAGUUGAAGUUGUUGGUAUCUAUAGAGCUCAAGGAAUGAAAGUAAAUUCCAAAAUGAGAACCAUGAAAAAUAUCUUCGUCACCUAUAUCGAUGUGGUCCAUAUCCAGAAAGUCGAUGCCACCAGAUUCGGAAUUGAGACUGAGGAAAGAGACAUGGAAAUGGACGGAGAAGAAGACGAUAAUAUUGAUGUCUUUCCAGAGGAAAUCGUCACAUUUACACCAGCAGAGAUUCAGCAAUUCAAGGAAUUUGCUUCUGAUAGUAGAUGAUACGAGAGACUUGUGGCAAGCCUAGCCCCAAGUAUCUGGGAGAAUGAUGAUAUUAAGAAAGGUGCUCUAGCACAGCUGUUCGGUGGAACUCACAGAGAUUUUUCUGAAAGUGGAAGAGGAAGAUUUAGAUCAGAGAUUAAUGUUCUCUUGGUCGGCGAUCCUUCUACUGCUAAAUCCCAGGUCCUUCAAUAUGUUCAUAGAAUUGCUCCAAGAGGAAUUUAUACUAGUGGUAAAGGAUCCUCUGCUGUGGGUCUUACUGCUUACGUUACAAGAGACCCAGAGACAAAAGAGCUAGUCCUUGAAAGUGGUGCCCUUGUACUCUCUGAUAAGGGUAUUUGCUGUAUUGAUGAGUUCGAUAAAAUGGAUGACAGCACAAGAGUUAUCCUUCACGAAGCAAUGGAGCAACAGACCAUCUCUAUUGCUAAGGCAGGAAUUAUUUGUACCUUGAACUCAAGAACUGCAAUUCUAGCUGCUGCUAAUCCAAUUGAUUCUAAAUACAAUCCUAAAAUGUCUGUUGUUGAUAACAUCAGACUUCCACCAACUCUUCUCUCAAGAUUUGACUUGAUCUAUCUAGUCCUCGAUAGAUCCUCCAAAGUAACUGAUAGAAGGCUUGCCAACCACAUUGUCUCCUUAUUUGGAGAGGAAGAAAGAGGAGCUGAGAACAAAGACGAGAUCACCAGGGAGUUCAUGACUAAGUACAUCUCAUAUGCUAGGAAAGAGAUUCACCCUGAAAUCACUGAAGAAGCUGCUAGCCUCCUUUCUGAGGAAUACCUCAAGAUGAGAAACAUCGGAAGCGCUUUCAAGACUAUCACAGCUACCCCAAGACAACUUGAAAGUCUUAUCAGACUUUCCGAAGCUCUUGCUAAAAUGAGACUUUCCUCAGAAGUUUCAAGAGGAGAUGUAGAGGAAGCUGUGAGGCUGAUCAAGGUUGCCACCCAGCAAGCUGCCACUGAUCCAACUACAGGAAAGAUCGAUAUGGAUAUCCUCACAAGUGGAGUUUCUUCAACUAGAAGAGACAUCAUCACAUCUAUUUCCCAAGUCAUCAGGCAAUUGCUAAAGGAAGACGAGGAGAGAUCUAGACAUGGAGUUCAAUUCUCACAUUUAAGAGAGGAAGUUAAACUCAGGAUGAUGAAGAAUAACAUGGAACUCCAUGAUAUUGAUUUUAGAAAUGCAGUCAGAGAGCUCGAGGAUCAGCACUUUGUUGGAUUAUUCAGACAUGUUCAGAAUCCAAUUGUAAGGCUGCUAGAAAAUAACACUUCUCUGAUGUAAUUCAAUAAGCAAUAA